UUCAGUUAAUGACAACGCAGAUUACUACACUGCAGAUUACCGAAUAUCAGUCUAAGCAAGACUCAGUAGUUAUAGAUCAAUAAUCAUACUGUGCAUUUGAGCCAAGAAUACCCUGUUUUAAAGUCUAAGCACUCAAACACAAGUACAUUAAUGCUUCUAUUACAAAUGAUGUAACCCACUGUAUACAGUUUGUUUUGCAUAUGGAAGUCUUCUCACAUUUAACAGUAACAUUUUUUUCCUCUAGAGGAAAUCAACUAUGGCUCAGCUCAACGGCCAAACAAAUAACACAUGGGAAUCUCAUAACAAGAUGAUGCUGGAGCCUCUCAGCACAAAUGAUCCUGAGGUAUUUCACAUAAUAAAGAAGGAGAAGCAGUGGCAGACGUAUGGAUUAGAGCUUAUUGCCUCUGAGAACUUCACUAGUCGAGCUGUUUUGGAGGCUCUUGGUUCCUGCAUGAACAACAAGUACUCUAAGUAUCCUAGUCAGAGAUAUUCUGAAGGCACAGAGCAUGUUGAUGAAUUGGAGAAUUUGUGUCAGGCAAGAGCUAUCAAGGUCUACGGCCUCGACCCGGAUAAAUGGGGAGUGAAUGUUCAACCGUACUCUGGGUCAGCUGCGAACUUUGCCGUAUACACAGCCAUAGUGGAACCUCAUGGGCGGAUCAUGGGCCUUGAUCCUUCUGAUGGCGGCCAUCUCACCCAUGGCUUCAUGACUGACAAGAAGAAAAUUUCAGCCACAUCUAUUUUCUUUGAGUCUAUGCCUUAUAAGGUAAAUCCAGAAACUGGAUAUAUUGAUUAUGACAGACUUGAGGAAAAUGCUCGCCUCUUCCACCCAAGACUAAUCAUUGCAGGAACCAGCUGCUAUUCCCGUAACCUGGACUACAGUCGACUGAGGAAGAUCGCAGAUGAGAAUGGAGCGUAUCUUCUGGCAGACAUGGCUCACAUCAGUGGUCUAGUGGCAGCAGGAGUCGUUCCAUCUCCGUUUGAAUACAGUGAUGUUGUUACCACCACGACCCAUAAGACCCUGAGGGGCUGCAGGGCAGGAGUCAUUUUCUUUAGGAAGGGGGUUCGUGUUGAUGCAAAGACAGACAAGGAGACCCUGUAUAACCUGGAGAGUCUGAUUAACCAGGCUGUUUCCCCUGCACUGCAAUGUGCCCCUCACAACCAUGCCAUUGCAGGGGUUGCUGUUGCUUUGAAGCAGGCUCUGACUCCAGAGUUCAAGAACUACCAAUUGCAAGUUCUGGCAAAUUGCAGGGCUUUAGCAGCCACCCUAAUGGAAAAGGGCUACAAAGUUGUUACAGGCGGCUCAGAUAAUCAUCUCAUCUUGGUUGAUUUACGUUCAAAUGGAACUGAUGGAGGAAGAGCAGAGAAAGUGCUGGAGGCUUGUGCCAUUUCCUGCAACAAGCACACCUGCCCAGGUGAUAAAAGUGCCUUGUGCCCAAGCGGCCUUCGUUUAGGAUCUCCCGCUCUUACAUCUCGUGGAUUAUUGGAGGACGAUUUCCGUAAAGUUGCUGAGUUCAUUCACCAGGGCAUUGAGUUGACAUUGGAGAUCCAAAGAAACAUGAAUCCUAAAGCAACUCUGAAGGAGUAUAAAGAGGAACUGGCACAAAAUGAGAAGUACCAAUUGAAAAUAAAUGAAAUCCGAAAGGAAGUCGAAGACUUUUCUGGAAAGUUCCCAAUGCCUGGGUUGCCGGAGUUAUAAUUACUGUCUUUCUGACAUUUUGGUCUUCCCGAAAUAAAGAUUUCUUUUGAUUUGAUGGGCAAAGGCUUGAAUAACAUGGUUUCUGUACUUUUGCUUGCGUUUUCUCUUAUUUUCUGUGAAUUAACCUGCGUAAUCUAUGAAAAGUUUCCAGUAAAACCGAUCAACAGAGAAAAAAAUAUUCAACUGGCACAAUAGAUUUGUACAUGCAAUGCAAAUAAAGCCUAUUGUAAAGCUUGUGAACAUGUGACUGGACCUCUGUCUUGUUAAUUAAGUAUAAAAUUGACUUUUUACUGUUACUAUUUACCCUAAUAAGUUUACAUGUGUAAGUAAUUACAAAUUCAGAAUGAGACAAAUCAUGUGCCUUUAAUUACAUCAUAAAGGAAAGAAUAGUUUUGCUAAA